GCUGCUUAGCUUUGAGGGUGCCACCGGCCUCUUUUUUCUGGGCCCAGAGGUCACUCACUGGUGGCCCUUUGGCUGAUUGUGGCCUGCACAUGUGUUCUGUUUGGGCAGCACAUCGCGCGUGUGUGUGCAGUUCAGACAUGAAUUUGUCGACAUAGUUAAAAAGUCGAGAGAAAGAUACAACGUUAAGUGAAAACAAGGAACGGAAUGGUGUGGGUAACGUGUGAAUAUUUGUGUGGGGGAAAGGCAAAGUCUGCAACGAUUAAGAGUCGUUAAUGGCAGCGGGCUCUGGGGAUGGGGAGCUAGGUGGCUGUGCAGUGAGGGAGGGAAUGAGACUUUAUGGUUCCUGUGUGCCUUUUGAAUAUUUUACCAUGUGCAUAUAUUACCUUUACAAAAAAAUUUUUAAUGGCACAAUUUCACAUAUACAUUCAGAUUUCUGGUAUUUCUUGAAAAAAUUGAAAGCUUUGACGACACUGGGCCACAGUCUGUUAUGAAAGCUAUUGACGGGAGCUGAGCAGUGCUGCCUCUUUGAGCCCCCACCCUCCUUCUUGUCUUCCCCUCACCGUGGUUCUGGUGGCGCUCGAGUGGCAGCCUGUGAAGUGGUCUUUGGAUUGGGGAGAGGCUCUGGUGGUGUCAGGCUUUGGGAGGAACUUAGCUAGAGCUCAUCUAGUCCAAGCUCUUUCUGUGGGGUCCGUCAGGUCUGGGGAGCCCAUGGAUGGGUCUCAAGGGAUGGUGUAUCCACUGCGCACCCCCCCCCCAAUUUUUCAUUAAAACUUUAUGAGUGAGAAUGUGUAUAUUUUCCUGGAGACACAAUCGAUCGUUUUCAUCAGAUUCUCAAAGGACUUGUGACCAUAGGAGAGUUUCAGAGCCCAUGGAGAACCUGAGAACAGAGGGGUUGAUCUCAGGUCACUGGGCCAUGGACCACAGAAUUUGAGGAGGCUGGGGAGCAGCAGCAUGCAGCCGGAGGAGGGCACAGGCUGGCUGCUGGAGCUGCUGUCCGAGGUGCAACUGCAACAGUACUUCCUGCGGCUUCGCGACGACCUCAACGUCACCCGCCUGUCCCACUUUGAGUAUGUCAAGAAUGAGGACCUGGAGAAGAUUGGCAUGGGCCGGCCUGGCCAGCGGCGGCUGUGGGAGGCUGUGAAGAGGAGAAAGGCCAUGUGCAAACGCAAGUCCUGGAUGAGUAAGGUGUUCAGUGGAAAGCGGUUGGAGGCUGAGUUCCCCCCUCAUCACUCUCAGAGCACCUUCCGGAAGACCUCGCCCACCCCAGGGGGCCCAACAGGGGAGGGGCCCCUGCAGAGCCUCACCUGCCUCAUUGGGGAGAAGGACCUGCAUCUCUUCGAGAAACUGGGAGAUGGCUCCUUUGGCGUGGUGCGCAGGGGCGAGUGGGACGCCCCCUCGGGGAAGACGGUGAGUGUGGCUGUGAAGUGCCUGAAGCCUGAUGUGCUGAGCCAGCCAGAGGCCAUGGACGACUUCAUCCGGGAGGUCAAUGCCAUGCACUCGCUUGACCAUCGAAACCUCAUUCGCCUCUAUGGUGUGGUGCUCACGCCACCCAUGAAGAUGGUAACAGAGCUGGCGCCUCUGGGAUCUUUGUUGGACCGGCUGCGUAAGCACCAGGGCCACUUCCUCCUGGGUACUCUGAGCCGCUACGCUGUGCAGGUGGCUGAGGGCAUGGGCUACCUGGAGUCCAAGCGCUUUAUUCACCGUGACCUGGCUGCCCGCAAUCUGCUCUUGGCUACCCGCGACCUGGUCAAGAUUGGGGACUUCGGGCUGAUGAGAGCACUCCCCCAGAAUGAUGACCACUACGUCAUGCAGGAGCAUCGCAAGGUGCCCUUUGCCUGGUGUGCCCCCGAGAGCCUGAAGACACGCACCUUCUCCCAUGCCAGCGACACCUGGAUGUUUGGGGUAACGUUGUGGGAGAUGUUCACCUAUGGCCAGGAGCCCUGGAUUGGCCUCAAUGGCAGUCAGAUCCUGCAUAAGAUUGACAAGGAGGGGGAGCGUCUGCCCCGGCCUGAGGACUGCCCCCAGGACAUCUACAAUGUCAUGGUCCAGUGCUGGGCUCACAAGCCAGAGGACAGACCCACGUUUGUCGCCUUGCGGGACUUCCUGCUGGAGGCCCAGCCCACUGACAUGCGGGCUCUUCAGGACUUUGAGGAACCAGACAAGCUGCACAUCCAGAUGAAUGACGUCAUCACCGUCAUCGAGGGGAGGGCUGAGAAUUACUGGUGGCGUGGGCAGAACACGCGGACACUGUGUGUGGGGCCCUUCCCUCGCAAUGUGGUGACCUCUGUGGCCGGCCUGUCGGCCCAGGACAUCAGCCAGCCGCUGCAGAAUAGCUUCAUCCACACAGGGCAUGGCGACAGCGACCCCCGCCACUGCUGGGGCUUCCCCGACAAGAUCGACGAACUGUAUCUGGGAAACCCCAUGGACCCUCCCGACCUGCUGAGCGUGGAACUGAGCGCCUCCCAAUCCGCCCAGCAUCUGGGAAGGGUGAAAACCAAAACCACCCCACGGGCUUCAUCUUGGCCAGGAGCCUCAUCCAUCUCCCGGAUCCUGGGCCUGUCGUUCCGGAACACGGUUUUCCCAUCCUGCCGCCCCAUUGCUUCCCAUUGCUGUUGGGUUUGGGAGCCUCCACCUCGCCCACCUCAGCCUGCCAUCUUCACUCAGAAACCAACCUACGACCCAGUGAGUGAGGAGCAAGACCUCCUGUCCAGCGACUUCAAGAGGCUGGGCCUGCGGAAGCCAGGCCUGCCCCGCGGGCUGUGGCUGGCGAAGCCCUCGGCCCGGGUGCCGGGCACCAAGGCAGGCCGCGGCAGCGGUGAGGUGACGCUCAUUGACUUCGGCGAGGAGCCCGUGGUCCCAGCCCCGCGGCCCUGUGCGCCCUCGCUGGCACAGCUGGCAAUGGAUGCCUGCUCCCUGCUGGACAAGACUCCGCCUCAGAGCCCCACACGGGCACUGCCCCGGCCUCUGCAUCCCACGCCUGUGGUGGACUGGGAUGCACGCCCACUGCCCCCGCCUCCAGCCUACGACGAUGUGGCCCAAGAUGAGGAUGACUUUGAGGUCUGCUCCAUCAACAGCACCCUGGUGGAUGCAGGGGUCUCUGCUGGGCCCAGCCAGGGCGAGACCAACUACGCCUUUGUGCCCGAGCAGGCACGGCUCCUCGCUCCCCUGGAGGACAACCUGUUCCUCCCGACCCAGGGUGGGAGCAAGCCGCCCGACUCGGCUCAGACCGCAGAGAUCUUCCAGGCACUACAGCAGGAGUGCAUGCAGCAGCUGCAGGUCCCGGCUGGCUUGCUGGUCCCCUCGCCCAGCCCGCCAGGCGAUGACAAGCCCCAGGUGCCCCCCCGGGUGCCCAUCCCCCCGAGGCCCACACGCCCACGUGGUGAGCUGUCUCCAGCCCCCUCAGGCGAGGAGGAGAUGGGGCGAUGGCCUGGACCUGCCUCCCCUCCCCGGGUGCCUCCCCGGGAGCCCUUAUCCCCUCAAGGCUCGAGGACCCCCAGCCCCCUGGUGCCACCUGGUAGCUCCCCGCUGCCACCCCGGCUCUCAAGCUCACCCGGGAAGACCAUGCCCACCACUCAGAGCUUCGCCUCGGACCCCAAGUAUGCCACCCCCCAGGUGAUCCAGGCCCCUGGCCCACGAGCUGGUCCCUGCAUCCUGCCCAUCGUCCGCGAUGGCAAGAAGGUCAGCAAUACCCACUACUACCUGCUGCCUGAGCGCCCCCCCUAUCUGGAGCGCUACCAGCGCUUCCUGCGUGAGACCCAGAGCCCUGAAGAGCCAGCCCCCCUGCCUGUGCCCUUGCUGCUGCCUCCACCCAGCACCCCAGCCCCUGCCGCCCCCACUGCUACUGUUCGACCGAUGCCACAGGCUGCCCCAGACCCCAAGGCCAACUUCUCCACCAACAACAGCAACCCAGGGACCCGGCCACCACCCCUGAGGGCCACCACUCGGCUGCCACAGAGGGGCUGCCCUGGGGACGGGCCAGAGGCUGGACGGCCAGCAGAUAAGAUCCAGAUGCUGCAGGCCAUGGUGCAUGGGGUGACCACAGAGGAGUGCCAGGCAGCCCUGCAGAGCCACAGCUGGAGCGUGCAGAGGGCUGCCCAGUAUCUGAAGGUGGAGCAGCUCUUUGGGUUGGGUCUGCGGCCGCGAGGCGAGUGCCACAAAGUGCUAGAGAUGUUCGACUGGAACCUGGAGCAGGCCGGCUGCCACCUCCUGGGCUCCUGUGGCCCAGCCCACCACAAGCGCUGAGACAUCUGGAGAGCCGGAGGGUCUGCCCUGAAGGAAUCACUUGAGCCUGUCCAUCUGACAAGGGCAGGGAGAUGCUCUGCCCAGGCCUGGAGGACCUGCUGCCACCUGCUGCUCCCAGUGGCACAGUGAGGCCAAGGCAGCAGGAGCCUGGGAGCCCCGUCUUGCCUGUUCCUCCCUCACCCAGCGCUGGCCCUGCAACUUCGGUUUAGCCCUCAGUGCCCCCAGCCAAGGUGCAGGAAGGGGCCCCGAGAAGGCAGGCCUGAGGGUGGCCUCAGCAGGCCCUGUGGCUGACCUGCCUCUGGCUCCAGUCCCUGGCAAGGCCUGGGGCUGGAGUGUGUCCCCAGGCAGGGAGGGUGUGUUGGCUACACAGAAAGGUGGACCAGUACCUGGCAGGCCCUUCCCAGGGCUGGGCCCUUCUCCAUGGAGCCCCUGGUGGGCAGUUGGAGUGUCGGACAGAAUGUGACUUAUGGCCUCGCCAUGGAUGUGUUAUGGGACUUGGCUGGUCUUAGAAUCUUCUGCCUGGAAAUAGCCUGAGGUGGCUCAGGAAGCAGAGCAAGGGUGCCAGAUCAUUCUGUGGCAGGGACCAGGGCCCAAGGCCCCAGGGUUGGAAGGAGACCAAGAGGGUGGCUGCCCUGGAGGGACACCAGUGCUUCCUCUUUGACCCAGCUCUUCCCCUGUGCUGUUCCGUGUUUUCCCACCAGCCUCUGUUGCCAAAGUUGCUGCCCCAGCUAUGGAUACCUGCUUCUUCCAGAGAAAUAAAGUUAAUUUCUAUUUUAUGUUA